CGGAAGCCGCGUCAGGCGUUAGCCGCAGCGCUAAACAAUUGAAUAAUCGCAAACCGCGUCUUUUCUUCACGAUGUCUGCUAAAUUAAACGCUCUGACCAGCGACUCUCACAUUGAUAUCAGUCAAUACAGAGACCAGCAUUUCAAGGGGAACCGCUAUGAACAGGAGAAGCUGCUAAAGGGUAGCCACACACUGUAUGUGGGAAACCUCUCCUUCUACACCACUGAGGAGCAGGUACACGAGUUGUUUUCUAAAAGCGGAGACGUCAAGCGCAUCAUCAUCGGCCUGGAUAAAGUCAAGAAGACAGCCUGCGGGUUCUGCUUCGUCGAAUAUUACAUACGUGCAGACGCAGAACACGCCAUGCGCUUCAUUAACGGCACUCGGCUGGACGACCGCAUCAUCAGGACAGACUGGGACACUGGCUUCAAGGAGGGACGGCAGUUCGGCCGCGGCAAGUCUGGAGGACAGGUGAGAGACGAGUACAGGCAGGACUACGACCCAGCCCGAGGCGGCUAUGGUAAGCUGGCUCAGCAGCAUCGAGUCGGAGAGGUGCGCAACAGUUUUUAGACUGAAUGCCACCGCCGCAGCAGUCUGUCUGGACUACACUGAGCUCGAACCUCACCCUUGGAUCAGAAAAAUGCUCUGACAAUGCCACAAACAAACUACUACAGCAUAAUGUCUUCACCAUAUAAUAGUCUACAGGUGGUCUGCACAGAUCACUGGAACCUGGAUACUAGCAGCUACUAUUUAUUUCUUUUUUCGGGGGGAGCUUAUUGUCUUUUCCGACUGCCUCGUGACCUCCAGACUUCAUCAGUUCACAUGGUAUCACAGGCCAAGCCACAAAGUUACUGUGAUAUUUUAGUGAUGAUUUCAUCAUCCUGCAUAUAGAAACAUUGAAUAUUUCCCUACAUGAUGAUAUAUAUUAUGUGUUCAAGAACAAUGCAGUCUUGUCAGAAUGUUCUCGGUGAGUCUUCAUGUCAGAUUCCAAUAGUCAGCUGGAGUAGCAAAAAGGAAGCGUGCUGAUGUCUUAUCCAUUUCCAUGAAUGAAACUUUGUCCUAAAUUGUGUAUACUUUUUUUUUUAAAUAAAGCUUUGGCUUUUUU